UUCGCAACAUGGUUAGCGCGCAGGCUGGCAAUAAAACUGUCAGAAGUACGAGCAAACUUGAGUUAACGCGACGGACGCACUCAAUAUAUUUAAUGCGUGAAUUUCUUCAACGCUGCCUGGAUACAAUUUUCUCAUAAAGCUUGUUGAAGUUUUACUGAUUUACUUGAGAGCCAUGAAUCCAGAGCGCAUCAACACAGCGGUUGGUCACCCCUCUUUCCAAGGGGGCAUCGACACACCUCGCGCUGUAGACACUAUGGCAUGUUACUACAGCUCUCAUUGGUAAAUACAGAGGGUAUACAGGACAAUGCGACCGGUGCUAUAUUUCUCCAUUUCAAACACAGGGAAAGUGUAGCUUCAUUUGAUUAUCCAUUAAAUAACGUCUGCUUGGACUGUUGUGGGACCAAUUCAUAACCAAAAGGAUUGGCUUACCGUUGAAAAGUAUUCGGGUAGUACUUUUUCUGAUGUUUGAAUGGGAAACAUCAGUUCAGAGCAGAGGAUGCUUCACUACACAUGAACUACAUGUUGGGACCACUCAAGUCUUGUGAGACAUAGUAUAGAGACCUUUGGAAACACCCGAAUAUUUAGGUGUCUGUUGUUAUCUUUCAGCACAAGGAAAUCUGAACAGAAUGUUCUAAAUGGACGUGCGUAAUGGGCAUUUCGCACAUAACUUAGUAGGGUUCUGAAGACAUUUGUUACGAGAGCAAAAACACCUAAUUAUCCUGUGGCUUAAAUCGAAAAACAAGGUCGUCAUGCUUCAAUUGAAGCUUGGACUUUCGAGAAGCAAAACCAGAACAAAAGCUGUGCAGUACUGUUACUUCCCAUCUGGACGUCACACCUGAAUGCUUAACUGACCAACAAAGCUUUGACAGGAAAACAGUGAACACACAUCAAAAAUUAAUAUUAGCACAUGCUGUGCUUCAUCCAACUGGGAAUCUGCAAAUGCCUUGUUCUUUAUCACAUUGAGUGGUGAAUUUCUAAGGCCAAGCCAAAAACAUUUGGAAUGAAGAAGUGAAGCAGACUUUUCCCCCCUUGAUGUGGAUCAUGUUAACAUUCUAGUUAACCCUCAAUAUCAACAAGACUGGAUGACCCAGGCUUUGGAGCUGAGCGCAAAUUAAAGGAACCCUGGUUCAGCUUAAAAUGAGUACAGAGUGAGCCAAUCCUUUGUAUCACCAUAAUCUUUCAGUGUAGAUUUUACCCACUGAGAGUUAUUGAAACAGGAGGAGACCAUGAAAGCAGCAGUUGAUAGGAAGUCAGGGUCUGAGGUGUUGUGCUCGACCUGGCUGGAGUGGAGAUAAGAGCUUGGGCGAGGGAGAAAACAGAGUUUGAUGAGACAAGCAGAAUACAAAUCAGUGUCUACUGUCCCUCAGCCAGACUGCCGAAUCAAACCAAUAUUAGUGUGUCUGCUGAAAUGGACAGUGAUUCAGCAACUAUAAUGGCUUUAUUGGUUAUGCAUUGAAAUGGUACGAGCGUAAUCAAAAGCUCUAAUAUGAAACUAAAUAGCAAUCACCUUUUUUGUAAAUCUCAAUUUUGGAGAUUUUUCUCAGAACCCAGUGUGUCUCCAAGACUGAAAUUAUGGAUAAAGGAUCCAUCAGGUCCCAUGGAUACGUGUGACAACCAACAGUGACACCCAUCAAUGCAGCCCUCGCACCAUGCCGAGAAGACAAAGGAAAGCAUAGGCCCUCAUUUGAUUGUGGUCAUGUGGCACAUCUAGACCUUGAACAAAGGAUUAAAGGGGAAAGGCAAGAUGGAUCAGGAUAAUAGCUCCGUUGAUCCGUUCUUCACCAACACCACGGAGAGCUCUGAACCCACAGAGGCACAAUGGGACAAAGCCACUCUCCUGGGGCUCCAGAUCAUCCUGUCAGCCAUCUUGGCAAUCGUCACCCUGGCCACCGUGCUGUCCAAUGCCUUUGUCAUCGCCACCAUAUUCCUGACUCGGAAGCUACACACGCCAGCCAACUUUCUGAUUGGCUCGCUGGCUGUGACAGACCUGCUGGUGUCCAUCCUGGUCAUGCCUAUCAGCAUCUUGUACACAGUGAGUAAGACCUGGGCCCUGGGGCAGAUUGUCUGCGACAUCUGGCUGUCAUCGGACAUCACCUUCUGCACUGCCUCCAUCCUGCACCUGUGCGUCAUCGCACUGGACCGCUACUGGGCCAUCACUGACGCCCUGGAGUACUCCAAGCGCCGGACAAUGCGUCGAGCGGGCCUGAUGAUAACGGUGGUAUGGGUGAUCUCCAUCUCCAUCUCCAUGCCGCCGCUCUUCUGGAGGCAGGCCAAGGCCAACGAGGAGGUGAUGGAGUGCAUAGUGAACACGGAUCAGAUCUCCUACACGCUCUACUCCACCUUCGGGGCGUUCUAUGUUCCCACUGUGUUGCUGAUGAUCCUCUACGGCCGGAUCUACGUGGCAGCCCGCUCACGCAUCUUUAAGACACCAGUAUCGUGCGGCAAGCGUUUCACCACGGCUCAGCUCAUCCAGACGUCGGCCGGCUCCUCCAUUUGCUCCAUCAACUCCGCCUCCAACCAAGAGGGCCACCUGCACCCCGGAGGGGGAGGCAACACGGGAGGAGUGGCAGUAAACGGAGGUGGAGGAAGUAGUGGUGGGUCGCCUCUCUUCAAUAACUGCGUGACGGUGAAGCUGGCUGACAGUGUGCUGGAGAGGAAACGUCUGUGCACCGCCCGGGAGAAGAAGGCCACCAAGACGCUAGGCAUCAUCCUGGGAGCCUUCAUUGUGUGUUGGCUACCCUUUUUCGUGGUCACCCUGGUACUGGCCAUCUGCAAAGAAUGCUGGUUCCACCCAGUGCUCUUCGACGUGUUCACCUGGCUUGGCUACCUAAACUCGCUCAUCAAUCCUGUUAUCUACACUGCCUUCAAUGACGAGUUCAAACAGGCCUUCCACAAACUCAUCAAGUUCAAGAGAUGCUGCUAAGGGAAUACGAGUAUUGUACAUACAAAAUAUAUCAUAACCCAGCGUUUCCCAAAUGUGGGGUCUCCUGAUUUGAAAAUGGGAUUGCGAGAGAAACUCUGAAGAAAAAUAAUAAUAAUUGUGCUUGGUUCAUAAAACAGGGGUUAGGUCAGUUGUAAUUAAUGUGGUUCUAUUUUUUAAUGUGGUUCUAUUUUUUGGGGGGGUAUAAACUACAAAAUAUUAUGAUCCCGUCACUGAAAGAUAAGACUCAGGAACAUGUAUGCGUCUUCGGUUUCCCUCUACAAUGGCCACAAGCCUCAUUAGAACAAGAGUGGACAAGACCAGAUACUAAGUCAGACUGUGGAGAAAAGAACAUCAUUCGCUAGUAUUCCAUCCAAUUUGUAAGAGAUUUUCAUGUGAAUAUUCUCAAAUCUGCCUAAAACAAUAUGCGCCAUCAAACUGAAUUGUUGAGGAUAAAAUGAUGUGCAUGAUGACGUAGUACACAUAAAAGUAACUUUUGCCGUUCAAUCCCCAUGUACCGAAUUAAAAGUACAAGUUAAAUGGGUUUCCAUCACAUUUUCAACUCAACUGUUUUGCGUUAUAUUGCAAAUGUGCCCUCUCUGGUCUUGGCACAUGCGCUGUAGCCAACAAUUCGCAGAUACAGUGCAGGUAGGCUACCUACAUUGAGAUUAUUAUGGAUAAGGGCGAGAUUAUUUGUACGAAUGAAUGACAUUUUAUUUUCAUGUGAAAUCGCCAAUUGGCAACCCAUCCCGUAUGUGAUUAAUUGACACAAACAAACAUUAAAAUAAUUCACUAUGGUAAUUAAAUGAGAAUUCUUAUCCCGGUGUUCUCUGCAUUGCGGAUCGCGAACAGUGAGAAAAAAAGUCAGGUAAAAAUCAAUACAUAAGUAGCCUAAAUAAGGUUGUUUUUGUCAAACGGAAGCCAAACAUCGAUCAUCAUGUCACCAGAAUAUGACUUUCAAUAUUUAUUGAAAAGGAGCAUCAAACUCAUCACCUUGCACAUGGGGCGGCAGGGUAGCCUAGUGGUUUGAGCAUUGGACUAGUAACCGGAAGGUUGCGAGUUCAAACCCCCGUUACCCCACUGUUCCUACGCAGUCAUUGAAAAUAAGAAGUUCAUCAUAAUUUAUUUAAUCUUGUUUAAUAAACUGCAUGAUUUCCCGAGUCAUAGUGGGCGGACCACACAACAUAGAGUGAUGAUGGUUAUUACAGUAUAUCAAUAGUUGUACAUAAAGGCGUUUCCACAUUCAUUUUUCUCAUAAUUAAUUUUAGCCGCACAAAAAUAUCCCAUCAUGUCUAAUGAACAAAUUGUCUGUCGGCAUUUAUACAAUUAUACAGGCAAUUCAUGUUUCCUUCUGCCCGUUUUGAUUUUUUUCAUGCAUCAGUUAAUUAAUCUGCAUGAAAUGGUUGGAUCAAAACAUGGUUAUUGAACUUCUUUUCUACAUAGAAGAUCAUACUAAACCGUUGCCUGAUGAUCUUCUGAACUUCCCAAUAUCUUUCUGAUGCAUUUCAGUCACUUUAAACCAUACAUCCUUCAGCAUGAAAUACUGUCAAAAGUACUAUCAGACUGAUUUGUAAUAACUGUCAUAUACCCAAUUAAAAAAGUAAACAUUAGCUGUUGAUUACAUCCCUUUUUUUACAGGAUGGGGUCGCGGAAAAAUGUGGAUAUAUCGAAAUGGGUCUCUCGCAAUUCUUAGUAAAUACCGGUAUGGGAAUAUAGGGUCUAUUCAUAUAUACUCUGUACUGUGGCAUUUGUUCAUGUUGUAAACACAUGCUCAUUGUGUUUGGUCUCUGUACAUUUGUUGUACAUUGGAACUUCAUUGACAUGCUUAUGAAGUGCCAUACAUCUUUCAGAUAUUUCCUUACUAGAAAUGUAUGCAUGCAUAAAAAAAAUGGAAUCAAAUAUUCCAAGGACUAUGAAACUCAUUAUAAAUGAGGGUUUGGGUUGGGAUAUUACAGACCCCAAAGGAACAGACUUAUCAUACAUGUUUGAGACAAAUGAACGAGUCUCUAAAGAAUAAGAACUGGUCCUUCUUUGGAUGAAAGACAUAAGGUAAUUAAUCCAUGGAUUAUAAUUGAGCAGUGGAUCAUAAGGCCCCAUUGGACUGGGAAAGACAUGGUAAAUUGUUACAGAAGUGUCACAUACAGAGGCGGAUCUUCCUUAACACGUCUGUGGU